GCCGUCCAAUUCGGCUUUUGCUACCGUAACUGGUAAAUCAGCAGCCAGUCAAGUUCGAGCAGUGCGCGAUGGCUAAAUCGGACCGAAUCCCCAAAACCAAACAUUUCAGAAUCGAUCACGAUACCGACAAUAUUCACCGGUUGGAUCCACGCUAUGGACUAGUGAUAGUACUCCUGGUGCUGGCUGGUGGUGCCGUGUCAAAUUAUUUCCUCAUGCAUCUACCGGAAGCUCUGACAAUCGCUGAUUUGAAACAAUUCCCAGCGACGUUUAUCGCCGAACGUGCGUGGAGUAAUUUGAAAAGCUUCACUGACCUUGGCCCGAGGGUUGCAGGAUCGAAAGCAAAUGAUGAGCAGGCGGUGGCAAUUUUCAAACGAGAAAUUGAGGCUAUCCAAGCUACGAAACACGCCGAUCAGGAGGUGAUCAUGGAGAACCAAAUUGUGACCGGAGUGUUCAAUUUUACCUUCUAUGGCACAUCGAUGACGACCGUUUAUCGAAACGUUCAGAACGUUGUGGUCAAAUUGGUUGGACAAAGUGAGGAUGCAUUGCUGCUGAACUGUCAUUUCGAUUCUGUUCCCAGCAGUCCUGGAGCCAGCGAUGACGUGGCGAGCUGUGCUGUGGUGCUGGAAAUUUUACGUGUGAUGUCGCGAACACCGGAACGGAACCGGCACUCGAUAGUAUUCCUGUUCAACGGCGCUGAAGAAACAUUGCUACAGGCAUCGCACGGAUUUAUCACGCAGCAUCCCUGGGCAAAGCAGAUCAAAGCGUUCCUAAAUCUGGAGUCUGCCGGUUCCGGUGGAAAGGAAGUACUGUUUCAAAGUGGACCGAACCGUUCCUGGAUGGUGGAUGUUUAUGCGCAAACGGUGCGCUAUCCGUUUGCACAAGCCAUGGCAGAGGAACUGUUCAAAACGGGUUUGAUUCCGUCGGAUACGGACUUUAGGAUUUUUCGAGAUUACGGCGAAAUACCUGGGAUGGAUUUAGCUCACUUUUUGAACGGCUAUCGCUAUCACACCCAGUACGACUCGCUGGAUUAUCUGUCGUUGCCAGUCCUGCAACAUACCGGAGAUAAUAUGUUGGCCUUGACUAGGGGAAUGGCUAACUCGGAGCACUUAUCAGCUGCUGCCGAUGACCAAAGGUCAAGUGCCGUGUUCUAUGAUUUUCUGGGAGUGUUUUUCGUCAAAUAUUCCUCUCGAUUGGCUAAACUUAUCAAUGCAACAGUGGCGGUGCUUGCUGUACUGAUACCAUAUCUGGGCCUAUCGAGUGCCACUGGUGGUCGGGAUAAUAGGUCAAUACAGAAGGAAGUGUUGUAUGGGUUUUUGGCUGUGACGUUCGGUACACUGCUGAGCCUAGCAACCACUACAGUGCUGUCCAACCAAAUGGAAGCUAUGGAUCGAAUGAUGACGUGGUACAGCAAUCCAUGGCUGGUACUGGGAAUGUACUGCGCUCCGGCGAUCGUAGUGCACUGUUUGGCGCAAAUGUUUUUCAAUAUGUAUUUCGAAAACAGGCAGACUUCACUGACCACCGGAAUGCUAACGCAAGCCAAACUGAUAGGUGUCAACGUAUUUUGGAGUGUCGUCAACCUUUCGCUCACAUAUGCAGGAUUCCGCUGUGCGUACAUCUUUAUGAUCCCGCAGCUUUGUUCACUGCUAUCCACCAUCGCCAACACACUCUUCGUAGCUCAGCGAACAGUUCGCCGGUGGAUCAUAGUUCAUCUACUGUUUCAAUUCGUGGUGGUGAUCUGGGCAUCUUUCUACUACAUCGUCUUCGUGAACUUGUUCGUUCCUAUAACCGGACGAUCUGGACACGUUGUAAAUCCGGAUUUCAUCAUUGGAACGGUUGCCGGACUGUGCGUACUACAUACUUGCAGCUAUCUUUUGCCGCUGAUAAAUUUGGUCAGAAAACCGACUCAGCUAACGGCGACCAUUUCUACACUGGCACUAGCCACUUUACUUGUGGCAUGUCUCACGCCCAUUGGAUUUCCCUACCGGGAUGCAACAAUCAGAGAACCAUCCACUCAGCGACAUAUCGUUACGCACACAAUGCGAAAUUUUCACGAUGAAAUUGGUCUGCUGAAGCAUUCAGACAACGGAUAUUUGUUUGAAACGAUGGACCGCAACGGAGCUCGAACACUUAGGCAGUACGUUGCAUCAGACGAUAGUUUCACACCGGUCGAAAAGAUGAAGUCUUGCGAGAGUGAAUUCUUCUGUGCGGUUCCGUUCGAUGCGAUGUGGCGACAGAUGCACUUCGAUCAUUUUUGGCAAUCCACUGAGAAUACACCUGCGAUAUAUAACAUGGUUACCCUGGCCUACGAAAGCAAGGAGAAGCUUAACGAUCACGUUCAACGAAUCAAUUUUAAGACGGAAGGUAGUUUACAGUCAGCAAUUUUUGUAGGGCCGAAACCGGGGGUAAAACUGAUUGCUUGGAGUUUGCAGAAUGUGAUUGCACCACCAGUAACGUUUAAUGGUCAGCAAGGGUACUUUGUGUACAUCACGCACGGAAUUCAGAGCGGACCAUGGAAUAUUACCAUGGAUUUCGAGACACAUGACAGUAACUACAAAGGACCAUUAGCUGAUUUUGGAGUGGUCACAAAGUUUUGGGAGUAUCACGAGCACCAUACCGAUGAAUUCAAGAGAUUGCUGGAAAAAUUUCCUCCUUGGACUAAUGUUAUACCAUCUGUAGCUGUCUUGAAUAUGUUUCCCUUGUAAGACAAUGUUGUAUUAUUGGACUGUAAACAUUAUUCGUAAUUGAUUGUUGAUAUUUUUGAAUAAAAACACUGCAAUUUUUC